AUGGGAAAACGAAAGGUAGCACCUCAACCGUCCAUCAACUCUUAUCUCAAUUCCUCUGAGAAUAAAAAACAUAGAGGUGAAGAUUUGUCUUCGACAGAUAGUAAAUUGACCUGGGAGAUUUCAGAAUCCUUGUACAUAGCGACAUAUGGAACGCCCAAGAAAUCUUCGAAAGUCGCAACCUUUGAUUUGGAUGGGACCUUAAUAAAAACAAAGUCAGGUCGAGUUUUUGCUAAAGACGGAGGAGAUUGGCUUUGGUGGCAUCCUAAUGUCGUUCCAACUUUAAAAAAGCUGGAUUCUGAAGGUUACUCUAUUGUCAUUUUCAGUAAUCAGAAUGGAAUUCCCAGACGCGCAUCAACAGGUCACCAGUUUCAAAUAAAAGUUCAAGCUAUUCUAGAAUCACUGGAUCUCCCAGUCAUUAUGUAUGCUGCCUUGUUGAGAGACAAGUAUCGCAAGCCUUUACAAGGAAUGUGGGAUCACUUUGUAGAAAGAUGGGAUCACCCAAUAGAAAAAUCCCUUGCCUUUUUUGUCGGCGAUGCCGCAGGACGUCCCCGUAAUCAUAACUCUACUGAUCUAAAAUUUGCCGAGAACAUUGGUAUAAAAUUCGAUACACCUGAGCAUUAUUUCACUGGAGAGCACUUUGAUCGCCCAGAUUUUUCUUCAUUUCAUCCAGAAAGGUUUCUUCAAAAACAUAGAAGCUCCCAACCUUAUAAAUUUGUACCAGCAGAACACCAAGAAAUUGUAGUCCUUGUUGGCUAUCCAGCUUCCGGUAAAAGUACUCUUUGUCAAGAUCAGAUCGUACCAUUUGGAUACGAACGAAUUAACCAAGAUACCCUAAAAACUAGAGCGCGUUGUCUCAAAGCAGCAGCGAAAGCAUUAGAAAACAAGAAAUCCGUUGUUGUUGACAAUACAAAUCCUACCAUUGAAGCUAGAGAAGUUUGGGUUGGACUAGCUAAAAAAUUUAAUGUUCCUGCACGUUGUGUUUACGUAGAAGUACCCGAACUAUUGGCUAAACACAAUAACACCUUCAGAUAUAUUCAGCAAGAGAUUAAAGGCCUACCAGAAGUGGCGUACGUAUCAUAUCGCUCAAGAUUUCAGAAGCCAAGCACUGAGGAAGGUUUUCAAAACGUGGAACUUGUUCCAUUUGUGUGUCUUCCGGAAUUAGAAGAUAAAUGGAAUCAGUGGUAUGAAUGA